CGCGACGAUGUGGUCGCGAGUUUGAAUCGCUUCUUGGACAUCUGGAAGGCGGCAUCGGCCAUCGGCCAGAGGAGGCGCAUUGCCAUUGUUACAUGUGUUAGGGUCAUUGACAAUUUCAGCUCGGGUAGUCGAGGAGCAGAGUGCGUUAUUCUUUCUUCUCAUUCUUUUUUUAUGAUUUUUUUUUUCAAGGCACUUCCUUGCAAGUGACUGCUGUGAUUUUCCUUCAUCGGAGGCAAGCAGCACUCUUUUUUUCUUUUGCAAAUGGUGAUGCUACUUUCGUGAAAUACUUUUUAGAGGAUCUAUGCAGCCAUUUUGCCGCUCGCUGCCGGCUAAUCCCAUACAAGAAUGUCUCGAGCCUGUGGAUGGAUCAAUCCGGGCACGAGAAAAAUGGUUUGAUGCUGUCACUCGGGCAGUCACAGGACAUAGCUCAGUUCUUGUUUCUCUUCUUGAGUUCUUAAGAAUCAAAACAGGCGGUGCUCCAGAAGAAGCUCUUGAAGCUCGAGUUCACUACGCUCUUCGAGUACCUCCAAAAGAUUGUUGGAGCUGCCAUGAAACCAGUUGGCAGGCAUGCUAUGUUUUACUUUGCAGCGGCUGUCUCCGACUUCUACGUCCCCUGGAACUCCAUGAUGGAGCACAAGAUCCAGUCGGAUGACGGCUCGAUGACAAUGCAGCUCGCUCCGGUUCCAAAGAUGCUUGGAUUGUUACGAAAGCAUUGGGCUCCGGAGGCCUUUUGCGUCUCGUUCAAGGUUUUUCAUUUCCUCUUUACUCUUCUCCUCUAUAGCAGCUCAAUCGAGCAAAGUUUUAUAUCGUAUCAGCUGGAAACGGACGUGGACAUACUCCUCAAGAAAGUACGCUCGUCGCUUUGCAAGUAUGGCAUGCACGCGGUGGUCGGCAACGAGCUCGACACGAGGAAGAACAGGGUCGUGAUUGUGACAAGAAAAGUAGAGAUGGUUUUGGAAAAGGGUGACUGCUCCGACAUAGAGUUGCCGCUGGUGAAUUUUCUGGUCGGCCAUGUAUCUCCAGCAGCAACAAGCAUGAAUUUGGCAGCAGCACGAGAGCCUUGCGCUCGUCCCAUCAAAUCCUCCACAGGUCAAGUCCACUCACUCGCGAGUUCUUCCUUGUCUCAAACACUUGCCGGCUCCCAGGUCUUCCUCUCCAAUCUCCUCAUAUAAAUGUAUGGAAGAUGCGACCGAUGCUCUCUUGGUUUUUGAGGGGUCUUGUUUGAUCUCUUGUUCUUGGCAUAUGCCCAAAACGGACAUCCACAAAGGUCACGGACGGCCAUGUUGGUAUUAUACGCACGGAAUGGCCACCUUGGCGAUGCCAUGGGUCAGAGACAUUGUGGCCAACUGUGGCAUAUGCAUCUUGUUAAAGAGCUUAAAAUUUCUAGAGAGAUGCUCAAAGAAUCUUGUAGGGGGCAUCUUGUUGGCGCCAAGUUCAGCGCGAGGGAUGUUUGAAGUGAUGCUUGAGCGAGAUCUCGUGUGGAGCGUGAUCUCGUGUCCUUGGCCAGAGUCUGUGGCAUCUGAUGAGCAGUAGAAUAGGCGGACAAGCUGUCCUUGAAAUCCCUUGCUAGUGCUUCUUACAAAUGCUCAGCUAAUUUCUUAUGCCGAGCGGGGCAAUUGGAUCCGCUAAGCUUUCCUUUGAUGCUAU